UUUCCCCACCCUGCCUCUCACUUUCCCCACACGCGCGCAAGCACAAAGCAAGAGCGUGCGCGAUUUCAGCUCCGUUCACUGAUUUUCGUGCGAUUAAGGCCGAUAAUCAAUAUAUAUGCGGCGAUUAUCGAUGACGCUGCAGCUGGGAGCAAGAGAGCUGUGAUCGUGGCGUCGAUAAUCGAGGUGAAUGUCUGAUAAUCAGGACUUAGUUUGGGAACAUGGAGAGAAGAUUGGCAUUGGCUUCAAGUGCAAGUAUUGUCGUGUUGAAAAGGGUGGAGGAGGGGCAACACGGCUAAAGGAGCAUUUGGCACACCGAGGGAAGAAUGUGAGGUAUUGUCCAAAUGUUCCUAAAGAAGUGAAGGAGUACUUCGGGCUUCAGAUCGACAAUAACAAGCAAAGAACGAAAGCAAGACAUCAUCGAAAGCUAAGAGAAAAUGAAGCAGCUAGAACUGAAUAUGUGGACUUAGAGACUGAGAAUGACGACCAUGAUUUGGAAGCUGCUCUCCGACAGUCGAGAGAAGAGCAUGAGUAUAGAGAGAGGGCUGGUCAUCGAUAUGAGAGAGGUGGUGGUUCCAGAUCGGGGCAAGUGAGAGGUACGCUCCCAUCUAUGCUCACUAGGAGCAGGACACAAGUGCCAGACCGUGUGAGAGACUACAAUCUUGCUUCUGCCUCUGGCCCAGGACAACCACGAAUUGAUAUAGGCCCAUGGACGGAAAAGGGGAGAGGGGCCAAGAGCAAGAUUGGGAGAGCGUGGGCGAAGUUUUGCCAUGCGGCUGGUAUACCUGGCAAGAAAGUAGAUGACCCUUACUUUAAGGCAGCUUUCAUGGAGACCCAAAAAUAUGGUCCUGGAGUGAAACCACCUACUGGGAGGGAGGUUGAUGGAGUUUACUUAGACGAGAAUGAGAAAGAGAUCAUGAAAGAGAUCGACAAGUGGAAGCAGGACUGGCCUACUUAUGGUGUAACAAUCAUGUGUGAUUCAUGGACUGGUCCAACCCGCAUGAGUGUCAUAAAUUUCUUGUUGUACUGCAAUGGCACUAUGUACUUUUGGAAGUCGUUUGAUGCCACAGGAUAUUCACAGGAUGCUGAUUUUAUUCUUAAGCUCAUCAAAAAUAUUGUGAAUGAUGUUGGCACUGAUCAUGUUGUCCAAGUAGUGACAGAUAAUGGAUCCAACUACAAGAAGGCAUGUCAGUUGCUCAAUGCCGAGUAUCAACACAUAGUUUGGCAGCCAUGUCUUGCCCACACAAUAAAUCUUAUGCUGAAGGACAUUGGACAAUGGUCAGACCAUGAAGCAAUCAUUGAGAGUGCUAAGAAGAUAUGUAGUUGGUUAUACAACUCCAAUUCCUUGCACUAUAUGAUGAAGUUAGCCAUUGGAGGUGAACUGGUUAAGUGGAAUGCAACAAGGUUUGGCACAAAUUACAUGUUCCUUCAGAGCUUCAUGAGGAAGAAAGAUCAAUUCAUGCAGUGGAUGAUGACCCUAGAAUUUCGGGCUUCUCGCCAUUUCAAUUCAGAACAGGGAAAGUAUGCAUACGCAAACCUCACAAAUUUAGAUUGGUGGGCAAACAUGCAGUAUGUGUUGGAAGAUGUAGAGCCAUUGUAUGUUUUCUUGCGGUUUGCCGAUCAAGAUAAGGUUCCAACUUUAGGUGAAGUGGUUGUGGAGUAUCAAAAUACAAAGCAGACAUAUGUUGCCAACUUAAGUCAAAAAAAUCCGACUCGUUUUGAACAUAUCAUGGAGAUAAUAGAUAGAAGGAUGUCCACUGUCAUGCGAGGGACUUAUGUGCAAGGUGCUUGUGUUUUGAAUCCGAUAGUGAAUUAUACCAUGGGAACAACAGAUUCCUUAAUGACAUAUCUUCGCAAAUGUUUAGAAAGGAUGUGUGAUACAAACACAGCGGCUGCUGCACUUCAGGAAGCUGUGUUUUUUAAGCAAAGGCGAGGAGAUUUUGCUGGAGAGCUAGCUAGGAGGAUGGCCACUGAUCAUGCUACUUCACCGGCUAGUUGGUGGUCUAUGUUUGGUCCUCCAACAUUGGAUGAGGAUUCUGAUAUUAGUGAUGUUCCCCUUCCUAAUCCAAUGUUCACUUCUUUGGCAGAGGACAAUGAAAAUUUAGAGCAAUGGGCAGGUGAGAAUGUUGGUGAUACACAUCUUGGCAAGAGGAAGACAAAAGUUCUCCGACCUGGGCCACUCGAAAAGAAGGGAAAAAUGAUUAGGAGCCCUCAAGAGGAAGAGCUUGCGAGCAAUGAGACAACACCUGAGCCUAGUGGUGGUGGUGAUGAAGGCAACACCGAUGAUGACGAUGACAAUGAUGAUGGAGGGAGUGGUUAUCCUGUAUCUAGUCAAGCUGGUGGAACGAGUGCCCGUAGUAUGUCGCCUAUUAGAUUUACCGGGGAGACAGAUUUCACCCAUGCCACACAAGAUCAAGAUCAUGGUCAACCCAUGUCACAACGGAGGACGACAAGCAACCGACGUCGAUCUGAUCCUCGGGAAGGUGAUAGCUCCAGUUCAGUGAGUUCAACCUUCAGCUAUCCACGUCCACCCUCCUACCCAUAUCCAUACCCACAACCAUACUCAUAUCCGUACCCACAACCAUAUUCACACCCACCACCAUAUCCAAGCCACUUCAUUCAACUACCGGUACAUCUUGGCAUGAGCACUAGUGGUCAGAUUGGUGAAUUACAGGAAUAUUAUUAUGGAUAUCACACAUACCAGCAAGAAGAGACCGAAGAAUGAUUAAAUUGAUAUGUCGAAUGCCUUUAUGUAUGGACUAUGUGCUUGCUAGUUUGUAUGUGGCUUGUAUAGACUAUGUACUCUUGUUUCUAUGCACUAUGAGGUUUGUAUGAACUAUGCACUCUUUUGUUUCUGUGAACUAUGAAGUUUGUAUGGACUAUGCACUCGUUUAUUUAUAUGAACUAUGCACUUCGCGGUUUGUAUA